AUGUCGGACGCAGAGGGCCCUACAUCUCCUGCUCGCCCCGAUGAGGGCAAGUCUUUCGUCUCGCAAGCAAUGACCGAAGACGACGACACCCGCAUGAUGGACGCGACUCCAGAGCCGUCCGAGAAGACCUCGGGUCGCGGUAAGAAAAGCUCGCAGGCCAAGGAGGCAGCGCAGGCCGUCACCGGCAAGAUCAGACAUCUGAAAAAGGAGGACGGCGAGCCGCUCUGGCGUAAGGACAUCCAGUACGACUUCCUCCGAGCCAUUUUCGACAACGACAAGGCCGUCUUCACCAAUUCCUACGAGCCUGAGAAAGGCAACCAAAACUUUGCCGACCUUUACAUCGACACUAUGUCGCGAAGCAGCAAGACCAGUAAGGUGCUUAGGGACAAGCUCCUUAGCGACCGGGAUGCCGCCAAAGGUAUGGCCAUGGUCUGUCUCCUCGUCAACAUCGGAAGGAUGAACACGACGCUCAACUUCUUCCCGGAGAUGCGAGCCCAACUGCGAACCUACCACGCCAUCCCUUCCUUGCAAGCCAACCAAGAUGCGCAUGCGUACAAACAACUCCAAGAUGCCCCGAGAUUGAAGUCCAUUUUGAAGGGUGGUGCUGAGGAUCGUGAAGAGCCCUCAUCGCUGAAUAAGAUCAAGUCGCUCGACGCGCCUCGCACCAACCCGGUGAACUUGCUGUUCAUAAUAUGUCAGUCCGCGGCCAAGGUUGCUGAGCUUCACUUCCCUCCCGGCCGGGAGUUCCACGACCUGGUCAUGAAGACGAACUUCACAAGCGAGUCCCGCGCCCGCGCUUUUCUUUGGAUCAUGUGGUUCUACCUGGAAUCUGACUUUACUGAAGAGGGAUGCGAAGAGAACCCCUUUGGUGCAGGUGUGGAUUACGGCGUCGAUGUAGCUAAUCAGGGCGUCCCCGAGCUGGAGGAGAUGACUCCCGAAGAGGAAGCACAGGAGAACGUCGAUACUCCCUCUGAGAUCGCGUUCGGAGAGGAGAAGCAGAAGAUGCGUGCUAAGAUUCUUGAGGCGGACCAGGCUUAUCUUGUCGACAGCCAGACCAAGCGCGGUUCGAGAACGUCCCGCAUCAUGGCCGAGGAAGGCCCAGCCAUUCUACCUCGAAUCCGCCCAUCGAAGCACGAAUCGGACCUGGAUAGCACCCGUUCAACGCCACCGCCUCGAGCGCUGGGACGUGGUCUUGGAGGGAGCGCCGCCCGUCGUGGAGGUGCAUCUCUCAAGUAUCAGAUUUUCGAAGGCUCCUCACCAGCCGGUCCCAGCCACCAUCACGGCGAGAGCAUCGUUGCUCGUAAGCCUCGACCUCCCACGGCACACCAAAUUGCGGUCGAGAGAAACAGAAACCAGAGAGUUGAGUACAUUCUCGAUCGUGGCAUUCGCAGACAGCAUCACAAGGCGAGAAGGUUCAGACGCCAGGAUGGCGCCAUCUACCGUGCAUACAAUCGGAUUCAGCACAUGCAGGAUCCCUUCGAGGACAGCGAGGGUGAAGAUGGCCCGCAACGACAGUUGAUGUCAGGUGGCGACAAAACUGUUGGCGCUUUCCGUCAGAAGGGAUUCGGUGGCAUCGUGCCUCUCAGCACGGAGACUGACGACUUUGGCGAGGAGGCAAGCUCCUACGCUGCAGCAUUCCGACGCACUUCACGCCGGUUGGCUAGAUGGGCAGCGCACGAAGGAGCCCCUCUAGGUGUCGUGCCUCCUAGAAAGAAGAGGAAGGCAAACGGAUUGGACGGCGGCAUUGACUCCCUGGGUGGUCUACGGGCCACCGACUCGCCUUCCAAGAUGAAUGGCGACCUCAAUGGUGACGAUACUUUGGGCGACAUGACGUUAGGAGACGUUACUAUGGAUGAUGCGGAUGAUGCCGAUAAGACGAUCAUGCCCGGAAGUCCCGGGGAGGAUGAAGACCUCGAUGACAUGGAUAGAUCCCUAUUGGGUCUCCCCGCCGAUGACUACGAUACUGAGUCCGGCGCCGACUCUGACUAG